AUGGAUUACUCGCAGCUCACUGAGGAGGUUGGCCACCCGCUCCUGGGUGGAAUCGCCACCAAGCGACUGGACCACUUUGCUGAUGGCGUGUACAGCCGCUACAACCUGUCGUCGGUGCUUGCGCGUGAGCGCUUCGACGACGAUGAACAUGUCCAGAUGACGAUGUGGUCUACCCCAGGCACAGACAAGGUCGCGUUUGAGAAUGUCAUGAGCCACUUCUCUGGCAAUGAACCCACUCGCCAGCUUCGCAAGGGCGAGGUCGUUGGCAAGUCGUGGACACACCAUUGGAUCCAUCUCCGGCUCAACAUCCCGCCAUCAUUCCGUGCCACUGGCGAGCCCGUUAUCUUCGAGUUUGAUCCGUCCUGCGAGGCCAUGAUAUUCGAUAUGGACGGCAACGUCAAGCAUGGAAUCACCGGAGGCAUCAACUCGCCCAUCAAGGCGUUCCCCGGCUACGUCGAGGAUCGUCGCGUGGACCACAUCAUUCCUCGCGACGCCGUCGAGAAGGGCGUCUACGAGUGCAUGAUCGAAGUGUCGUGUAACCGCAUCAUGGGUAUUGGCAAGGAACUGCCGCACAACCCUCCUGAUGACGACCUUACCUUCCCUCUCAAAGUCGCGGACCUCAUCCACGCCCGGUCAGAGGCCAUGGCGCUGCAUAUCGACUUCAAGGUCCUCACGCAGCUCGCCAUUGCUCCUGACGCACAUUGCUCUCCGGUGGCCCAAAAGAGCUUGCGCGUGGCCAACCAGAUCAUGGACACAUUCCACCAUCCAGCCAACAGUGCUGCUGUCGACGACGCUAUCAAGCGUUGCCGUGCACUUGCAGCCACAGUCAUUGGGUCGCUCGACCCGGCCGACCAGUCGUCCUUGGGCGAGACGAAAAUCUGGGCUAUUGGGCACUGCCACAUCGACACGGCCUGGCUGUGGCAGUACCUCCACACGCAGCAGAAGAUUGCGCGUAGCUGGAGCACACAGGUCGACCUGAUGGAGCGGUACCCCGAACACCAGUUUGCCGCGUCGUCGGCGCAGCAGUUUGUGUGGCUCGAGGAGCUGUACCCAUCGCUGUCCAAACGCGUCAACGCCGCCGUCGCCCGCGGCAGCUUCCACCCCGUGGGCGGAUCGUGGAUUGAGCACGACUGUGUCCUGCCCUCGGGCGAGUCGCUGUGCAAGCAGUACCUCUACGGCCAGCGAUACUUCACCGCCCGGUACGGCCAGCCCUGCCGUGAAGCCUGGUUGCCAGACACGUUCGGGUACGCUCCUCAGCUGCCGCAGAUCCUCCGCGGUGCCGGAAUCGAGUACUUUUUCACCCAGAAGCUGUCGUGGAACAACAUCAACGUGUUCCCUUACUCGACGUUUAACUGCUCGGAACUGCUCAAGGGCAUCCAGCGCCACAAGAACUUGGCGGUCACCGACGAAUGUCUCCUGCUCUUUGGCAACGGCGAUGGCGGUGGCGGCCCCACCUCGUUGAUGAUCGAAAAGAUUCGCCGCUGGCGUUCGCUUGCGGAGAAGAACAUUGAAGUGCCAACCGUCAAGAUUGGCAAAGUGGCCGACUUCUUCGACCAUGUCCUUGAAAAGACGCACAACGGUCGUGCGUUGCCUACUUGGCGUGGCGAACUGUAUUUCGAGCUUCAUCGCGGGACAUUCACCAGCCAGGCUGCGAUCAAGGAGGGCAACCGCGCGUGCGAGCGUUUGCUCCGAGACGUCGAGUACUUUGCGACCUUGGCGUCGCUGGGAUCGGGCGCAUACGAGUAUCCCAAGGUCGAGCUGGACGCGAUUUGGAAGGACGUGCUGCUCAACCAGUUCCACGACGUGUUGCCCGGCACCUCGAUCCGGAAAGUGUGCGAGGACGCCGUGAGGAUGUACGACCAACGGCGCGCAGAGCUUGCCGUCCUCCUUGAGCACGCUCUCGAGGUUCUCUACCCGGCAGGCGAGGGGCAACUUAUCGCCCUCGACGCCACACGCAUCCCGCGCCGCGAGGUCGUGCCACUUGGAGACCUCCCAAGCACGUCGGCCGUGAACGGCACGGGGCCGCGUCUUGGCUUCCUCACCAGCGAUGCCUCGGGCGUGGGAAUGAUCGCUCCUCCCCCGUCGGACGCCGUUCCACCGCACGCGUACGUCGAUGGCGAAACGCACGUCCUGGAGAACGCCGACUUCCGCGUCACCAUCGCGGGCGGACGCAUCACGUCGCUGAUUGACCGUGCGGUUGAACGUGAACUGGUCAAACCCAGUCCGGGAGCCGAGAGCGCCGGCUUGAUGCUGUACGGCGACCUCCCGCUCUCGUACGAUGCGUGGGAUGCCGAGAUCUACCAUCUGAACAGCGUCCAGGCGCUCGACUUCACCGAGGUGGCCGUGGUCAAUUCGGGUCCGCUCCGCGCGACGCUGCGUGCUGUCGCAAAGUUUGGCAAGAGCACUGCCACCUUGGACAUAUCCCUCGACGCUGUGGUUCCCGUCGCCAACACGCGCAGCGUAAUCCGCAUCGACGCUUCCGUCGACUGGCACGAGACCCACAAGUUCCUGAAAUUCGCGCUCCCCGUCGAUAUCCACUCGACGCUCGCCACGUAUGGCACUCAGUACGGACUGGUCGAACGCCCAACGCACAGGAACACGACGCUCGACCAGGCCAAGUUUGAAGUAUGCGGCCACAUGCUCGGCGACCUGAGCGAGACGGGUUACGGUGUGGCGAUCGUCAGUGACCACAAGUACGGAUACGCCGUGGAAGGCAAUUGCAUGCGUCUGUCGCUUCUUCGGUCGGCCAUCGCGCCGGACCCACAGCAGGACCAGGGCCGGCACGAAUUCUCGUUUGCCGUGAUGCCCCAUGUAGGGCGUCUGGUCGAAAGUGGGACGUACCAAGCUGCCAUGGCUUUCGUCAACCCUGUGCAUCUGAGGAGCGUCGGUGCCAUCCCUGAACCCAAGGUGACCGUCAGCCUCGAGGGCCUGGGCGCGCACCAGGUGGUCCUCGACAACGUCAAGCGUGGUGAGGACGACUUUGACUCGACGACGGGUGCCAAGACCCUCAUCCUGCGCCUGUACGAGAGUCUGGGUGGGCGGGCCUCGGUCACCGUCAACAUUCGUGGUGUGGCUGUCAAAGCCAUCGCGAGGUGCAACGUCUUGGAGGAGAAGGUGGGCGACGCCGCGUGGACGCCAGUGGACGGAGGCGUCGACGUCGCACUCAACAUGCGUCCAUUCGAGCUCUUGACGCUCAAGGUGGUUGUAGAUGAGUAG